UAUAAAUACGACCCGUUUCAUAUGCAAGUUCAGAUCUUUUCUCGACACCAAUCAGUAAAGUCUCGCCGCCUAGCAACCAUGAAGCUUCUGAUAAGCUCCAUCUGCGUCGCACUGGCGACUGCCACGCUUCCCCCGUACGGUGGAGGAGGAGGAGGAUUCCCAUACUACGGAGGAGGAUUCCCGGGCAUCGGAGGAGGAGGAGGAUUCCCAUACUACGGAGGAGGAGGAGGAUUCCCGGGCAUCGGAGGAGGAGGAGGAUUCCCAUACUACGGAGGAGGAGGAGGAUUCCCGGGCAUCGGAGGAGGAGGAGGAUUCCCAUACUACGGAGGAGGAGGAGGAGGAUUCCCAUACAUCGGAGGAGGAUUCCAGGGCGGGUAUGGCUAUGAUGAUGAUGAUUACGGAUUCGGUAAUGGCGGAUUUGGUGGAGGAUUUUACGGACGGAGAUACAGGCCCAAAUGGGGAAAGAAGGGCGGCUACUACUAACUACGGAACAUCAAUUGAAACGGAUACUGUUUACAGAAAUCACCGGUGAUCAACUCUGUUAUUUACCUUUGUAUAAAUAUAUACAGUUUGCAUCCCAA